UUUGGCCCUGGGAUCCCCAGAGCUGUAGUUGCCUUUUACUAGCUAGGAUGGGCAGCGAGUUCUGGAUGCUGGUGUUGUGUGCCCUGCUGCUGCCAGCCUUUGGGCUGCUCGGCUUUCUGAGCUUGGAUAGUUAUCUGACGCUGCUGUGGGCUGCGUGGCUGGGCCGGUGUCCUGAACAGGCACUGACUGGCAUGGUGGUGUGGAUUACUGGAGCAUCAAGCGGCAUUGGUGAGGAGCUGGCUUUCCAGUUAUCUAAACUUGGGGUCUUUCUGGUGCUGUCAGCCCGAAGGGUGCAGGAGCUGGAGCGGGUGAAGAGAAGAUGCUUGGAGAAUGGCAUCAUGAAAGAAAAAGACAUACUGGUUUUGCCUCUGGACCUGGCUGACACAAGUUCCCAUGAUAUCGCUACCAAAGCUGUUCUCCAGGAGUUUGGAAGAAUUGACAUUCUGGUCAACAAUGGUGGAGAAAGCCAUCGUUGCCUUGCUGUGGAUGCCAACCUGGAUGUCUUCAAGGUGCUAAUGGAGGUGAACUACUUAGGGACAGUGUCACUGACCAAGUGUGUUCUACCUCAUAUGAUGAAGAGAAAGCAAGGAAAGAUUGUGAUCAUGAACAGCCUUGCGGGAAUUGUACCCAGCCCUCUUUGCAGUGGGUACAUUGCCAGCAAACAUGCUCUUCGGGGGUUUGCUAAUGCACUCCGAACUGAACUUUUGGACCAUCCAGGUAUAACAUUGUCUACCAUUUGCCCAGGACUUGUGCAUUCGAAUAUUUUCCAGAAUUAUCUUACUAGAAAAGCCAUUAAGGUCAGACGGCCUAAACUUCAGGAGACUCCCAAGAUGGCAACAAGCCGCUGUGUCCAGCUAAUACUAGUCUCCAUGGCCAAUCAUCUGAAGGAAGUCUGGAUAGCUGAUCAGCCUGCCUUGUUUCGGACAUAUGUGUGGCAGUAUGUGCCAAUCCGGGACUGGAUAAUUCAAGGACGCAAUGGAAGAAAAGAAUUGAAAUAUAUAGGAUUAACAAGGCCAGAAGAGUGUCUGGAUGCCUGGGAAUGGUUGUGAGUCUCCUGAGGAUGACCCAGAAGGCGAUCAUGACAAGAGGCUGAGCAAAUGAGGCUACACCGUCCUGCACUUUUGGCUAUCAAAUGGGUGAAAUGAAAAGCCGAUUUUCCUACAACCACAAUUCUAGUUGCUAAAGAUCACAUCACAUCAUUCCCAGUGUGAAGGGUCCAGAGGAGUUAACACGCUGUUCCUAUAACCUCGAUACCAGUUAACAUUUCCAGUGUUUCAUGAUAAGAGAGAGAAGACAUGGCAGAGAUGGUCCCUCAGAGGGACAGAGGGAACAAGCAUGCUACUUCCAGGUGCACAGUGUUUCAGAAAGGUUCACGUUGAGGCCAUUGGCUCUGUCUAUAAAAUAUUAUCAUCACACAAUCCUUGCAUUGAAUUUUAUUUAGUUAUUUCAAAGAAUCUGGUCAUUUUUUCCCAGAUCAACUCUUAUUUUGGGAUAAAUUAAAAGUAUUUAUAUCUUAUGUAUAAUGUAUAUAUCAAAUAAUAUGAUUUGAAUAUCAUUGUGAUUUGAUUUUGAUUAUUGAAUAAUUUGAUAUAAGUGAUUCUUUUGUCUUUCCAUUUCUUUUCCCUUUUCUUUACUCCUUUCUUUUUCCUUCCUUCCUUCCUUC